CCUCCGCCGCCUCAGCUUCCCGAGCGAGCCCUACGGCCGCCGGAGCAGCUCCCGCGGCGGAGCAGGAGCCGGAUGGUCAGAGGAGCCCGGCAGCCCCAGCAGCCGCGGAGUCGCCUGGCCCCAAGACUGACUGGCACAGUGGAGAAACCACCUCGAAAACGGAAAAGCAGGACUGAAUUUGCUCUUAAAGAAAUCAUGUCCUCUGGAGGUGCUGAAGAUGACAUCCCACAGGGAGAGAGGAAAACAGUUACAGAUUUUUGUUACCUUCUGGAUAAAUCUAAGCAACUGUUCAACGGGUUAAGAGAUUUGCCACAGUAUGGGCAGAAGCAGUGGCAGUCUUAUUUUGGAAGAACUUUUGAUGUUUACACCAAACUCUGGAAGUUCCAGCAGCAGCACCGACAAGUCUUGGAUAAUCGGUAUGGCUUGAAGCGGUGGCAAAUAGGGGAAAUUGCUUCUAAGAUUGGGCAGCUAUACUACCAUUAUUACCUGCGCACAUCUGAGACCAGCUAUCUGAAUGAAGCUUUCUCCUUCUAUUCUGCAAUCAGACAAAGAUCAUAUUAUUCUCAAGUCAAUAAAGAGGACAGACCUGAGUUGGUAGUUAAGAAGCUACGAUACUAUGCAAGAUUUAUAGUAGUUUGUCUUCUUCUCAACAAAAUGGAUGUUGUAAAGGAUCUGGUGAAGGAACUCUCGGAUGAAAUUGAAGAUUAUACUCACCGCUUUAAUACUGAAGAUCAAGUGGAAUGGAACCUGGUGCUUCAAGAAGUAGCAGCUUUCAUUGAGGCAGACCCUGUGAUGGUAUUAAAUGAUGAUAAUACCAUUGUUAUCACGUCUAAUCGCCUUGCUGAAACAGGAGCCCCAUUGCUGGAACAGGGCAUGAUUGUGGGACAGUUGUCUCUGGCUGAUGCACUCAUUAUUGGUAAUUGUAAUAACCAGGUUAAGUUCAGUGAACUAACUGUUGACAUGUUCCGGAUGUUACAAGCCCUGGAAAGGGAGCCAAUGAAUUUAGCUUCCCAGAUGAAUAAACCAGGAAUGCAGGAAUCAGCUGACAAGCCUACCAGGCGAGAAAACCCCCACAAGUACCUGCUCUACAAACCAACAUUCAGCCAACUAUACACAUUCUUAGCAGCAUCUUUUAAGGAGCUGCCUGCCAAUAGUGUGCUUCUGAUUUACCUGUCAGCCACUGGCGUUUUCCCCACAGGUCGUUCUGAUAGUGAAGGUCCUUAUGAUUUUGGAGGGGUACUUACUAAUAGUAACCGGGAUAUUAUAAAUGGAGAUGCCAUCCACAAACGAAAUCAAUCCCACAAAGAAAUGCACUGCCUUCAUCCUGGAGAUCUCUAUCCUUUCACAAGGAAGCCCCUGUUCAUCAUUGUGGAUUCAUCCAAUAGUGUUGCGUAUAAGAAUUUCACAAACUUAUUUGGACAGCCACUAGUCUGCUUGCUUUCUCCUACAGCAUAUCCAAAAGCUUUACAAGAUCAAUCUCAACGAGGUAGCCUCUUCACUCUCUUUUUGAACAAUCCUCUAAUGGCCUUCCUAUUUGUCUCUGGAUUGUCAAGCAUGCGUAGAGGCCUAUGGGAAAAGUGUCAAGAAUAUCUUCGAAAAAUCAACCGCGAUAUUGCCCAGCUACUGACCCAUUCACGUUCAAUAGAUCAGGCAUUUCUCCAGUUUUUUGGAGAUGAAUUUCUUCGCUUGCUUCUCACAAGAUUUAUCUUUUGUUCAGCCACCAUGAGGAUGCACAAGAUUUUUCGGGAAACACGAAAUUAUCCAGAAUCAUAUCCACAACUGCCAAGGGAUGAAACAGUGGAGAACCCUCACCUCCAGAAGCACAUUUUGGAAUUAGCAUCCAUUCUGGAUGUGCGAAACGUGUUCCUUGAGAAUACCAUAGAUGACUAUUAGAACAAAAAUCCUCUGUUGAAACAAGUUUUCAUUUGCCACAGAUUUUAAA